AUGCGGGCUGUAAAAAGUAAUACUCCUGUUAUAUUUUUAGAAAAGAAAGAAAAACAAAGUGCAGACAAGAAGUACAGUGAGACUUUGUUUAUUGAUGAAAAGAGAGAUGAUCUUCUAUUGCUAUUUGCUAUUGUGAGAAAAAAUAAAAUAACAAAGUGUAUUCCUACUGCUCCUUGCCAACCCAACCUAUGCAUGAAUGCUGUUCUUAAUAGUACAAUUGCAGGUGUUGUUGCUCCAAUUGAUACAACAACUCCAGAAGUAGCAGUUGACACAGCCCCUGGAGUUCAAGUUGCUGUGACCCCAAUGGAUCAUGUCCUUACCUUGUUGGCAGCCAACAAUGUGUCGAUGCAAUCCUUGCAAGAAAAUGCAAAAGGAGUGACUGAUACAAUAACUCAUUUGAAGAAUGGCCUGGAUUUGUCCAAUAAGACAAAUGAAUUUUUGAAGAACUCGGUCCUUCAGCUCAUGACUGAAAAUGCUGAAAUAAAAAAGGCAAUGACCAGCCAAAAUUCCGUGAUGCCUUCUGCUGUACCAGUGGAUUCUUCUUCUUUCAUGGAUGAUAAUCUUGACCUUGGAGCAAAACAUCAUCCCAAUUUCUGUAAUUAUAUCAAGAAACCAAACUUUGUUAGCACAGACCCGCUCAAAGUUGCUGAGAAUAAUAAUAGAUCAGCAUGGUCAAUGACUGGCACGUAUGGCGAUAAAUGUUGCACAAAUGUGUCAAAGAGUGUCAUUAUGAAUAUAAAAAAGAAUCACUACCAAAAUCAAGUGCAAGUCUUCUGGACCUCAGCAGAGAAGAUUAUGGCUAGAAAUAAAACUGGAAGAAGACAUAACAGAAAGAAGACUCUUCUUGACCGUCGUAUUAUCACAUACCAGGCAUAUGCAGAGGCUAUUCAUGAGGGCAUGAAUCGAUAUGAUUGCAGAAAUAUUCUUUCUAUUGACGUGAUGUCUGAUGGCAAGUCAGAUGGAGAUAACAAAGUGCGGGCAUAUUGUCCCAGCUGGAGAACUGAUGAGCUCCAGAAGUUUAUUAGUACUAUUGAUGAACUUACUGUUAUCUGUUUGAAGAAAAAUUCAGAAAGCUUGAAAAAGCACAUCUCUUAUGAGAAAGAAGUAAGCAUUCUCGAGAAUUUGGCAGUCACUUUACCAGAUUGGUGCUUUUCAAAAUAA